CACUAUAAUAGUAAUCAGUGACCCAACCCUGGGAAUGACCAAUCCACCUAAAGAAUCGUAUUAUAAAUAUCGAUAUAUUUCAUCAAUUCAUUUAUUAAUUCAAGCGGAUAAAAGAGACGUCAAAAAUCUGUCAUUGAGUUUAAUUGGAUCUUAAACUAAACCUUUUUAUAUGUAAUUUUAACUCCUUUGUAAAGUAUCAAAGAAUGAUUUUGAUUUAUAUUGAAAUGAGACAAUAAAUGUUAAAAUGUGGUCUUUUUUUGCGAGAGACCCUACAAAGGAUUUUCCAUAUGAGAUUGGAGAACCUGUUCCAGGUUUAGAAAAUAAAAGUAUUUGGACGUUACAUAAAGCUAAAAGAAAGGGUUCUACUGUGGGAGAAGAUGUGUCCGUGUUCGUAUUUGAAGUCAAAAAUGGUGGAGAACAUUUCUUGGAUAUUGCACGCACAGCAGUCAAAAGACUUAAAACACUCAGACAUCCAAGUAUACUUGCAUAUUUUGAUAGUCUUGAGACAGAUAAAAUGGUUUAUUUAGUGACUGAAAGAGUAGAACCAUUACAGAAUCGUCUUUCACGCAAAUUAGAUUCUGAAGAUGUUAUCAAAAUAGAUUUGUACUUUUCUUGGGGAAUAUUUCAAGUCACAAGGGCAUUGAAUUUCUUAAAUAACGAUGGUAAUUUACGACACAACAAUGUCAAUUUGUGGGCUGUAUUUGUAAAUGAGGAAAGUGGUGAAUGGAAACUUGGAGGAGUUGAAUAUAUGACUGCUGUGGAUACAUUAUAUACAAAAUUGCCUUCAAAUUUUGAAGUAUAUCAACCACCAGAAAUUAAAGAAAAUGCAAAGCCAGCUACUAAAUGCUCAAUUGACAUGUGGGGACUUGGCUGCCUGAUCUGGGAAACAUUUAAUGGUCCACUUAAUACCCUCACUCAACUUAAAAAUAUUAGUAAAAUACCGAAACAGUUAGCAGCUGUAUAUCAGGAACUAACAGGCAACAAUGCAGAAGGAAGACCAAAUCCUGCAGAUGUGAUAGCACGUUGUCGUAGCAAUGGAGGAUUUUUCAAAAACAAUCUUGUUGAUGCACUUUUAUUUUUAGAAGAAAUUCAGAUGAAAGAAAGAGGAGAAAAGGGACGUUUUUUUUCACAACUUGCUGGUCAAUUAAAUUCAUUUCCGAAAGGUGUUGGAAGAUUUAAGAUUUUACCACAAUUACUAGCUGCUUUUGAGUUCGGAGAUGCUGGGAGUGCAGUAUUGCCUCCUUUAUUGCAAUUAGGUAGUCAGUUACCUGAUUCUGAAUAUCAACGUCGUGUAGUACCUUGUGUUGUAAAAUUAUUUGCAUCCAAUGUUCGAGCAACUAGACUACGAUUACUACAGCAAUUAGAUAGAUAUAUAGAUCAUCUCCAACCAGCAACUGUAAAUGAAGCAAUUUUCCCGCAGGUAGCACGAGGCUUUUUAGAUAUGAAUCCAGCAAUUAGAGAACAAACUAUAAAAUCGGUUGUGCAUUUAGCUCCUAAAUUAGAUUAUAACAAUCUUAAUGUUGAAACAUUAAGGUAUUUUGCAAAACUUCAAUCAAAGGAUGAAAUGGGUGGUAUUCGUACAAAUACAACUGUUUGUCUUGGAAAAAUUGCUCAACAUCUCCAUCCACAGAUAAGACAGAAGGUCUUAAUAGGGGCAUUUAUAAGAGGUACACGUGAUUCAUUUCCACCUGCUAGGACUGCAAGUAUUCUAGCUUUAGCAGCAACACAACAAUACUUCCUAUUGCAAGAAGUAGCAAAUCGGAUUUUACCUGCUUUAUGUCCACUUACUACAGAUGUUGAUAAAGAAGUGAGGGAUAAUGCAUUUCGAACUAUACGUGGAUUCUUAUCUAAGCUUGAAAGAGUUUCAGAAGAUCCAGGACUUCGCGAAUCAAUGGAGGCUGAUGUAAAUACUGCUACACCUAGUUUGAGUAAUGCUGCAGCAACAUGGGCUGGAUGGGCUGUAGCUGCAGUUACUGCAAAAUUUUACCGUAGUCAAUCGGAUACACCAAAAUCAUCAAACUCUCAUAAUACAUCUAGAAUUUUAUUAAAUAAACCUGCUUCUCUAGAACAAGCCAGCAGUUCACAAAGUAGUGCAAGUACAACUGCUACAACAAGUAGUACAACAAGUAUGACAUCUCUUGAUCAUGAUCAUGAACAUGAUAUUCCUAACACUACAAAUACAAAUUCUGACUGUGAUUGGGACUGUUGGGAUGCUGAUAAUUGGGGUGACAUGGAGCAACAGCCUUCAACAUCUGUUCCAUCUAAUUCAGCUACUAAUAUUUCAAUAUCUUCUCAUUCUCCCAAAGCCCAUGAUCAAUGGACAAGUCUUGAAGAAGAACCAGAAGAAGAAGCAGUACAGGAAAUAGAGGAUAAAAAUGAAGGAAUUGAAGUAGGUUGGGAAGAUUCUGAAUUUCAACCACUUGAAGAUAUACAGCCUAUAGAACAGAUAGGUAUACCUAGUGGAAACAAUAAAUUUGAAGAGGCUAAAAGAAAAAGAGAUGAACGGAAAUUAGCUAGACAAAGACAAAUGGAAGCAAAGAGAGCUAUAAAAUUAAGAACUAAUACAAUUAAUAAAAAACUUUAAUUAAAAUAUCAAAUUCCCCAAAAAAUGGUACUUAAUUAUACCUUAAAUAACUUAAAUUAAUAAUACUUUCUAUAUAAAAAGUUUUAUUUAAAGUAAAAGAAGAUUAAAAAGGUUAAUUUAUGUUGUUUUUUAAAUUACAUCUAUAACGUGUGUAUGUAUUUGUGUGUGCGUACACUUACUGCACUUACGUAUCUAAUAGUCUCUAAUUAUAUCUAUAAUUAUUUUCAAAAUACAGGGUAUUCAGUACUUUCGGAAUCAAUGAAUUCUACACAUGAAAACGAUAAAAAAAUAUAAAUGUAUACCUUACUUGACCUUUUUUCAAGUUAUAUUGAGUUUCUUUAAUAUACUGUAUCUAUUUAUCUUCACAAAAGAUGUUCAAAAUGACUUCCUUGCAUUUUAAUAUAAAUUUAGAGACAUUUAAAAAUUGAUCGUCUUAAACUCUUCAUUUCUUCAGAUAUCCAGGUAUUGUUUAAAUUUUCGAAAACCUCAUUCAAAUCUCUCAUGAAAUAUUUCGGCACUGUCAACGGGCGAUCUGUACAUGACGAAUUUCAAAUAAUCCCACAAAUAAUAAUCCAUUGAUUCAACGUUGGAUAUCGAAUUGUGUUUGUAAAUAGAUAGGUGAAAUCAGUAAUUCAACUACUUCUAUCUUUCGACAGAAUCAUUUCAACAUAAAAUUUACUAUAA